GGGGUCCGGGCCGAGGGUGCGGUACGUCCCUCCCGGCGCCGGGGCGGGGAGAAGGGGAGGGCGCGGGGAGGGCGGCGGCUGGCUGGGGAGCCCGCUAGGCUGCGAGCCGCGCGGCAGGCGGGCGAGGGAGGGGGCAGCGGGGGAGCCCCCCGCCCCCCGAAGGAGGAGUCUGGCUCCCACUUGCUGCCUCGGACGCGCGGCGAGGCUGCGGCCGCCCGAGGAGCCCCCGCCUCUGCGCCGCCUCUCCGGAGCGCCCCGGCCUCCCCGGGUGAGCGUUGCUGCUCGCGGCCGCCGAGGCUCGAAGACUAGCCGGGGGUCAGUCUGUUCCCAGGUCUGGCGCAGGACCCGCCCGUGGUGGCAGCAGCAGCAGAGGCAGUGGUGGCGGGAGAUGCCCGGGAGCCCCUCAGAGGUCCAUGUGGCGUGCUAGGUGGGACCCCGGCAUCCUGAAGGCAGAGGCCCUGGCCCUGCUGCCCUGCGGCCUGGGCAUGGCCUUCUCCCAGUCGCACGUGAUGGCCGCCCGGAGGCACCAGCACAGCCGGCUCAUCAUCGAGGUGGACGAGUACAGCUCCAACCCCACCCAGGCCUUCACCUUCUACAACAUCAACCAGGGCCGCUUCCAGCCGCCGCACGUGCAGAUGGUGGACCCAGUGCCUCACGACGCACCCAAGCCGCCUGGCUACACCCGCUUUGUCUGCGUGUCUGACACACACUCUAGGACAGACCCCAUCCAGAUGCCCUAUGGAGAUGUGCUGAUCCAUGCCGGGGACUUCACGGAGCUGGGGCUCCCGAGCGAGGUGAAGAAGUUCAACGAGUGGCUUGGCAGCCUGCCCUACGAGUACAAGAUUGUCAUCGCAGGCAACCAUGAGCUGACCUUUGACCAGGAGUUCAUGGCCGACCUCAUCAAGCAGGACUUUUACUACUUCCCGUCCGUGUCCAAGCUGAAGCCUGAGAACUACGAGAAUGUGCAGUCCCUGCUCACCAACUGCAUCUACCUGCAGGACUCAGAGGUGACUGUGCGAGGCUUCCGGAUCUACGGCUCCCCGUGGCAGCCCUGGUUUUACGGCUGGGGCUUUAACCUCCCUAGAGGCCAAGCACUGCUGGAAAAGUGGAACCUUAUCCCUGAGGCCGUGGACAUCCUCAUCACCCAUGGGCCUCCUCUGGGCUUCCUGGACUGGGUCCCCAAGAAGAUGCAGAGGGUGGGCUGCGUGGAGCUGCUCAACACGGUGCAGAGACGGGUCCAGCCGAGACUGCAUGUCUUUGGCCACAUCCAUGAAGGGUAUGGAGUCAUGGCGGACGGCACGACCACCUAUGUGAAUGCAUCCGUGUGCACCGUCAACUACCAGCCUGUGAAUCCGCCCAUAGUCAUCGACCUGCCCACGCCCCGGAACUCCUGACUAUGCCUGCCAGCCUGGCCCUUCCCGUGCACACCAACUCCGUUUGCCUGGUUGAGAGCACGGAUGCCCAACACCCUUCCUCCCAUACAGAACACCUGUUUGAUUGUGGGUUCCAGCCUGCCAGAUGGGCCGAGGCCUUGGGAGGAAGAAAUCGCCUCUGACGCUUCAGCUGACUGUCACCUGGAGUUGGGGACUCUGCGGGGGGGCUCCCUGUCAGGGGCUCUGUGCUUGUUGCUCUUUCCUGCGUGUACAUUCCGUGCGUACCUCCUAAGCACAGAGUAAGCUUGGGGGACCGUCGCGCCUUCAUCCUUCCUGGCCCCACACCUCUGCAGGUUGGGGAAGCUGCUGUUCUUGGACGAUAUUGGAAGUUCUCGCACAAAAUUCUCCCUCUGA